CUCGCGAGACUGCGAGCGGAAGAUGGCAGAUGGCUCUUCCUCGUAGGGUGUGUGUGUGUGUGUGUCGUUUGUUUACCGUUCGAUGUGUCGCUCCGGUGUGUGUUUCAUUCCCGUCCGUCUCCGUUGAGUCACCGGACAGUGUUCAUGUUCUGCGGGCGGCUGCUGUCCACCGUUCAUCUGUGUAAAUAUGACGGGAGAGAAGAUCCGCUCGGUGCGCAAGGAGCGCAAGGCGGGUUUGGAUCUGCUGGAACCGGACGAGGAGCCGGCGGCCACCGGGAUCAAAGCCCACCGGAGCAGCAAGAUCCUCAGCGGCGGAAACCACAAGAUCCUCCGCUCCAGCUCGCAGCAGAACCAGAACCAGAACCACGGCGACACUGACGGCGCGUACCCCGUGCAUGAGUGCGUGUUCCGCGGGGACGUGCGGAGGCUGUCCUCGCUCAUCCGGACACAGAACAUCGCGCAGAAAGACGUGCACGGAAACACCCCCCUUCACCUGGCUGUUAUGAUGGGUCAUAAAGAAUGUGCCCAUCUGCUGCUGGCCCAUAAUGCACCAGUGAAGGUGAAGAACGCUCAGGGAUGGAGUCCACUCGCCGAGGCCAUCAGCUACGGAGAGCGACAGAUGAUCACAGCUCUGCUGAGGAAGCUGAAGCAGCAGUCACGAGAGAGUGUGGAGGACAAGAGACCUCGUCUGCUCAAAGCACUGAAAGAGCUGGGUGAUUUCUAUCUGGAGCUGCACUGGGACUUCCAGAGCUGGGUGCCUUUACUCUCACGGAUAUUACCCUCCGACGCCUGCAAGAUCUACAAACAGGGCAUCAACAUCCGUCUGGACACUACACUGAUCGACUUCAGUGAUAUGAAGUGUCAGCGAGGAGACCUGAGCUUCAUCUUCUGUGGAGACGCCGCUCCCUCCGAAUCCUUCGUGGUUCUGGACAACGAGCAGAAGGUUUAUCAGCGGAUUCAUCACGAGGCACGUGCUCCGCCUGCUCGCUCGUCACGCGUGUUCUGCGCCGGCUGGCGUGUGUGUGACGUGUGUGUGUGUGUGUGUGUGUUUCAGGAGUCAGAGAUGGAGACGGAGGAGGAGGUGGACAUCCUGAUGAGCAGCGACAUCUACUCCGCCACGCUCUCCACCAAAUCCAUCACCUUCUCUCGCGCUCAGACCGGCUGGCUCUUCCGAGAGGACAAAACCGAGCGAGUGGGGAAUUUCCUGGCGGAUUUCUACAUGGUGAACGGCCUGGUUCUGGAGUCCAGGAAGAGACGCGAGCACCUGAGCGAGGAGGACAUCCUGAGGAACAAGGCCAUCAUGGAGAGCUUCAGCAAAGGAGGGAGUAUCAUCGAGCAGAGCUUCGAGCCGGUGAGGCGUCAGUCGCUGACCGCUCCGUUUCCGAACACUAUCUCCUGGGAGGAGUACAUCACCGCCGAGACCGGAAAGGCUCCUCAUCUGGGCCGAGAGCUCGUGUGUAAAGAGAGCAAGAAGAACUUCAAAGCAACCGUAGCCAUGAGUCAGGACUUCCCUCUGGGCAUCGAGUCGCUGUUAAAUGUUUUGGAGAUCGUCGCACCCUUCAAGCACUUUAAUAAACUACGAGAAUUUGUUCAGAUGAAGCUUCCGCCUGGAUUUCCUGUCAAACUAGACAUCCCUGUUUUCCCCACCAUCACUGCCACCGUGACCUUUCAGGAGUUCCGUUACGACGAGUUCGACAACUCCAUUUUUACGAUUCCCAACGACUACAAGGAGGAUCCCAGCCGCUUCCCAGACCUCUGAGCCGCUUCACCCCGUCUCCAUCUCCUCCCAUUCCCUUCCGGACAAACCUCCAGACCAAUGCAGAUGGACACGUGUAGGAAAUACUUGACGUCAUAUGAACACAAAGGGAUCGUGCCGAAGCGAGUGUGAAUCUGAAGCGGAGCGCAGCUGCACUACAUGAAGCUCCGGACUGAGCUCCUCACCUGUAAUCGAACACAUGUCUCAGUGUUCGGAGCUCAGGACGGAGCGGUACAUUAGAAACACGGAGCGUCGCUUCACAUCACCUCUGCAGCUGGCAGGAAAUACGGCAUUAGAAAUGAUCACACAAGCCGAGUUUUCAUAUAUAUCUUUGUACAACUCUUGUAUACUUCAUUUAAAGGAAGCGUGUAUAUUUAAGAAAGAAGCGGAAGGCGUCUGUAUAUGAUUUGAAUUGUAUGAAACCCGUCACAGAAUACAAUGUCUAUGUAAUUUCUACACACUUUCUGUAAAUACCACUUCCUCCUUCAGUUUGUUUGCUUGUUGCAUUAUGGGAAAUAGGCUUGUUCACUCUGCCGUUCACUUUAUGUUUGUUCGGAUCAUUUGCUUUUUUCACAUCCUAUUGGAGGUAAAUGUAGCAGAAAUGGACGGGACUUUCACUUUACUUUCACUUUGAUAGAUGGAUGUAAAUACAUUCAAGUUUAAAUAUGUUUUCCAAUGUAGUAUAAUCGACUGAUGUUUAACUGAUGUAUGUAUAACUGACGAGUAUGUUUAUUGAGGUAGUAGUGUAAAGUGUUUUGGAGAUACGGCGGCGAGUGUUUUAUGUGAGUUUGCUGUGUGCCGAGGGAAAAGGAGCUCGCAUCACGUUUGCACCAGCAAUAUCCCGUUGGACAGUUUCCUAUUUUAUGUCUCUUGUGUUUCAUUUCUCCUUCUCCGAAUGGAAACAUGCUUUGACGCUUCCAUCACCCACUACUGGUUAGUGUGGAAACUCAUUUGUUCUGCCGUUUUCCUUUUUUAUUUUUGUUUUGUUACCAGCUUCCUUUUUUCCCCUGUGUUUAAUCUAAUUGUUUUUAGAGCUGCUUUAUGCCUUCAGUAAUUCUUCAGUUUCUCCAGAAUGCAUUGAACUCUCGGAUGUACAGCAGAAACCUUGUAUGAACCUGCUGCACUUUUACACAACAAAUUGUAAUUAAUAAAAUGUCCAUGUAUCA